CCAGGGGAUUGUAGGGCGAUUGUCAAUCACACCGCAGCCCUCCAAACCCCACUCCCAUUUCCGCCCGCAUGUCCGGCCAGUCGAUUUAGGUGGUUCAUAGAAGUGAUGAAACUUUAACUCUACAUCAACCACAAAGAGGAAACCGCACCAUUACAUACAGACCUGCAGCAGAGGAGUCUCACAACUCGUCCAUCUGCCAACAGGGAAUGGACACAGAAUGUCUCUACUGGAAUUAAUCCUUAUUUUUGUGCUUCAGUUUGAAGCAGGCAUCUUUGGAGAACCCACUUUCUACAAAAUAGCUGGACAUGAUGUCAUUCUGCCCUGUGCCACUGCAUCAUCCUCUGACACAACAUGCUCCAGUGUUUCAUGGCUUUACAGCAGAGAUUUAUCUGAAACUUUCAGUGUGGUUGCGAAUGGAAAAGUUCAGCAGACCUCACCCCAAGCCGCCAGGCUGGAUCUGGACAAAAGAUGCUCUCUGGUCAUUUACAACAUCACUGCUGAGGAUGCUGGUCUCUACUCUUGUCGGCAGGGGAUGGACACUGAUCAUGACUUAUCUUUACAUCUCAGUGUUCUGACAAUCUCUCCAUCACCACCAGACGCUGAUCCAAAGAGGGACGGUAACAUCACAUUAGAGUGCUCUCUGUUGAGAUACAGCGACCUCCCUCCUUGUGAACAGAACAGCAUCCGCUGGGUGGAUGAGACAGGAACUGUGCUGCUUGGUGAAGGUGUCGGGUACAAGCUCCUCGGACAGAAGAACUGUGUUUCCUUUCUGUCUGUGAAACAUCAGAGUGGCCACAACAGGGGAUACACCUGCCAGUUUGUUAAGGAGAACAAUGUAGAGAUAGAGGCUGACUACACACCUUUCUCCACGCGUAGCAUAAGAGACAAUCAGACAGAAAAGUCAGAUUCAGUUUCCACAGGUUGGUCUCCUCUGAGCUACGUCAUGUUGACUCUGCAAAUUGCGGGACUGAUCGUAAUGAUUGUAAUCACAGUUCUUGUCAUUAGAUACAGAGGGAACACAAAACCACUUGAUAAUGACAACAGUGUAAAUUAUGAUUCAGAGAAAGUCCAGUAUGAAAAUGUAAAAGCACAUCCUGCUGCUACUAGACUGCAGUGAUCGACAACUUCCACACCAACUUCAACUCACCACAGAGUCAAAUAUCAUUUCAUUUUACAUUAAUGAUUGAAGCUUUGAGUUAAAAGGAUUGUUUUAUGUUUAGGCUUCAUUACUUGUUUUUUUUACUCUUUAAAUGUGAGGAAUUUCUUUCAAACUGUUUUCAUACUAACAACAAGCAGAUGUUCUGUAGCUUCAGAUGGUAAAAGAUUCAUAAUUUAAUCAUUGUUUUUAGAUUAAUAAAGGAACAAAUUACUGUUUGUUACCACCCGUCACAAACUGUGACGAGGUGCACAUGAUUACUAUCACCUGUGUGGCUUCAGCUGGGUGGAGUUGAUUCGCUCUGAGUCGAAAAGUUUCUGUUGCGGCGCCCCCUGACAUUUUGGGUCCUAGGCAGCCAUUUAUGACAAUGUUGUUUGCUUAGACUGUGACACAAUAAAGCCCCCGACAUACCUGCUUUUUAACAAUGCGUAGGUGUAGACAGGCGUAGGCGACACAAACGGCAUUGUUCACAUACUUGCCUGCGUACUUUGCAUGUACCUGGAGGAUUAAACGUGAAUCCACUAGGGGCCAGAUCAUCCCUCUCUGACACCGGAUCAUCAUCCUUGACAACCUUCGAAUUUGAACAUUGUAAACAUAGCAACAUGCGAGGAGGUUAUGAUUUUAAUGAGACAUCAUAACAAUCUCAGUACUUGUGGACUAGCUCCAGGAGUUUUAUUGUAAACAUCCCGGCAUAAAUCUCCUUUUUUCAGUCUGCUGCUGACCUUCUUCUUCUUUUGCUUUUAGUGGCGGUUAGACUUCUUUCUAAAAUAAAGUCAGUCAUCACUUCGAGCAUCCUAACUAGAUUAUCAAUAAGUCCAGUGAAUAAAAGUUUGUCGUCUAUCCAUAUACUCAAAUAGGCUACUUGUACGAGGACACCCUUUUAAUGGAUUUACCAUCAGACAAAAACAUGCUGAUCAUCAAUCAACUGUAAGCAAGCUUUUGGAGGGUCACUUGCAGGCUGUGGACAGCUCACACUUCAGUCUGAUAUGGGCCAUGUUUGAACAAUAAUGUGAAAUGUCAAUCAAAACAAUCAUCACUUUGCCGAAGUACAGUGUAACAGAGCUGCUAGCAUGGCUGUAGAAGUCUUAGACUUGUUAUUCUGUUUUUGGUUUGCCACUUCUUCUUUUGAUUACACCACCAAAAUGACAAAUGCGUGGAAAUUGCGACAUAGAUCCCAGAAUUAACUGGGGUGAAUUAAUUAAAUUAUAAAAAAUUUAAUAUUUUAACAUCAUAAGUUAAAAAAACUCUUUUGGAUGAUACCAAAACGCACCACCAUCCAGCUAAAAAAAUGAUUAAUAUGGAAUCUGUGUGUAAUUGACAAGUGCAGUUUGUGAAACAACUUUCUUGUUGUUGUGUGCGGUUUAGAGGGUGCAUAGAAGUGAUGCAACUCUAACUCUCUGGAACUGAUGACAGGCUGGGUGGUUGGUGUUGUUUCUCAAGUUAUUUUAUGACUUUUUAAAAAGAUUUUCACUAUAGGUCAACCACAUAGAGGAACAAGCCACAAAUUAUCUGCUUUAUAAACCACUUUGAUAAACUUUGAUAACCUUUCUAGCCUCUAGUAAACGUUGUGUGAGACAAGAACAGGAUUGCAAUUAUGAAUCAAUUAUAUUUAGGUAUUCUUUUCAGUGCAUACAGACACAUGUGCAAAACAAGGUAAUGAUCAAAUGGUCUGUGUCUCUCUUUGUUCUCUGUGUGGUUUCUUUAAACUCCACCUGUGUAACAGAAUAUGUAAGUAUUUACAUUAUAACAUGAUGCAGUUAUUACAUACAGCGUAGAUAAAUAAUACAAAUGCACACAAAACAAAACAAAGGCAAUGACAGAUCUGCAGAUUUUUAUUUGAUCAAAAUCAAGUUUUGUUUACUCUGAUCAACUGUGUGGUGUUUUUUUUGUUUUUUUGCUGUUUCAAUAGUAGAAGUUAGUGUUAUCACUAACUAAGUAACUAAGUAACUGAGACAGAAAUAUAAAUGGAUCUCUCUUAUAAAAACAACCACUAGAUGGUGGAGGGGGACAUGUUACCUCCAUGUAGUUGUAAAAAUAAGAAUAAAAUAACAUACAAUCCU